AUGCAACUUGGACUUUUGUCUCAUGGACAACUGACGUUUGAUCCAUUCAAGCCGAUUAUUCUGAGAGGAUUACCGACAGAAGAUGCAUCUACACUAUUCGCUGGUAAUGUCGUCUUGAAUUUGUCUAAAGCAACCAAAAUAUCCAACGUAUCGGUCACCUUGAAAAGCCAUGCCACUACCUAUUGGCCAGAAGGCAUUGGUGCUCGUGGAACAAAGUUAACAGCAGAAAAAUCGCUUGGACAACAGAGAGUAGAGAUCCUGGCUCCCAACAUUGAUAAAAAUGCACCAGUCUUGGUUUUACCGGCCGGAACACACCGCUUCUCAUUUGCCUUUGUCGUACCAAAUUCUACUGUUGCAACUAUUGAAGACACUUUUGGCAGAGUCCGUCAUGUUGUAGAAGCCGAAGUACAAAGGCCUGGAAUUGUGAUGCUUUCCAGCUGGCAUAUUUCCAAACCUGUUAUGAUCUUGAGGACGUACAUGUCCAACUCUCUCCUGACAAACAACUCGCUAGCCAAUUUAUCGAGAACAUUUGAGAAAAACAUGGUCUUUGGCGACAUUGAAGUAUUGAUUGAAGCAGCCGCAUUUUCUUCGGGCGAUCUAUUUUAUAUCCGCAUGAUUAUCGAACCACACCUUAAACACACCCGUAUCGAACAUAUGGAGGUCAAUGUGACGGAAACCAGACGCUAUAGUGUACCCGAGAUGAGAGCAUGGAGAAAUGACGCUAUUACAUUUCCCAUGCCGUUUGCAGGAUCAGUCAGGCUAGCAGAGUUUGGUGAAGUCGAUGUGACAACCAAGCAGUUGGCACCCAUCUUUGAUAAAAAUCAAAAUGGUAUUGAGUUAGUGCAUGAUUUUGCACAUCGCUUAGCGUUUCAUGCACCCACAUGUCAGCAAAACAUUCGCCAUACAACCUACAUCAAGGAGAUACAGUUUAGACAUCAUUUGGAGAUAAGCUUGACGUUAUCGUAUCUAGAUGUUGAAGGCAAUCGUCAGUUUAUGAGCAGAAGCAGUAGUCAAACUAGCCUUGAAGACACUAUCGCAGUACCCGAACCUCCAAUAGCCACGGGUACCCUCACUCCACCGCCAGCAGCUCAUUUUGCAAAUCACAAUCACCACAAUAGCUCCCGAGCCAUCGGGUCUCCAAUGGUGCUUCCACGAUUAAGCAGACCACCGACACCCACUAGCAACAGUAGUAGCUCCAGUUUACCCAGCACGCCAACCUCUAGUAUGACCGCGGCACAACUAUCUCAGCAGCAGCACCAGAACAAUGCAAGUUGGUCCAAUGUAUUGCUUCGAUUGAACAAGACCAAGGUAGAUCAAGAUAUUCAGGAUGGCCGAAACAGAGAAACAAUUACAUUAGAUUCAGCCAUCACUGUGUUUGAUUGUAGAUUGAAAGAGGAUUACGGAAGACUACCUUCUUAUCAUGAGUUAGGGGUGAAGCCAUCACUCACUGUCAGUAGCACGAGCAACAAGAAGAACAAGUACAAGGUGCAAUCGACAGUGACAACGAUGGAUAAACCUAAUCAACCACAUCCUUAUUUGUGCGCAUGUUAUCAUGCCUUUUGUAGAGAGAUGGAACUGGCAUCACAGGCUUUAUAUCUGCCAACUGAAUCAGCACCGGCCAUGCCACUCCUGGAUCGUAUCCCGUCGAUCCCCCCACCUGAUUACGCAGCUUGA